UAAAUUUUGAGUUGUUAUAUAGGCUACCCCAUUUACAACAAAAUAAUAAACAUUAUCUAACAUCCGAGUAACCUAUCUUUAUUUGAUCAAAAUAUUGAAGUUUGUUGCGACCCAAAACAGCUGAUGCAAAUGGCUUGAAGUUGUGAUGAAGAGGAUACAGAAACCCGAUUUUGAGAAGGUUAAUCCUUGCCAGAAGGAGCAGGAGAUGACCUACAAGUGCAUGAAUGACAAUAACUUCAUUCGAGAUAAAUGUUUAGAUUAUAUGGAAAACUACAAAACAUGCAAGAAGUUUUGGGGUAGGGUUCAAGCGUACAGAAGAAGGGAGGGUCUCCGUCCGAUCCUACCGGAGGUAGCAGAUCGUGAGGAGGUGAAAAAGGAUUUUUUGAAGAACCAUUACUUCACUUGAUCAAUCACGUUUCAAAUCGACGUACAAUUAUAGAUAAGCGAUCCUGAUUUUGAAUCAGAAAUAUCUCAUGUAACGUUUGUAUAAAUGUAAAUAACCUUAA